CUUACUGACCACUACAGCCAGCAUACUUCGACAUGUCUGGCCUUCCGAGACCAGGUGCGCCGGCGGUAAAGCGCACAAUAUCCACAAUGCGCCCGCCAGCUUCGCGACAGGGCACAAACAACCUCCUUCGUGGCCGCUCUGCCACUCCCAUGCUUGAUGGGCGCACAUCUCGAGCAGAAUCAGUAGCUUCGACUAGGACCCGAGGAACACCACGUUCGUCGCCACUUAAGCGGAAAGCCACAGAUUUCGAGGAUGUCGGCCAGGAGACCAACAUCAACGUCGUUGUUCGAUGCCGUGGUCGCAAUGACCGCGAAGUGCGCGAGAACAGCGGUGUUGUUGUCUCUACGAACGGAAUCAAGGGCAAUACAGUCGAACUCUCUAUGGGCCCCAGCGCGCUCAGUAACAAAACCUACCAGUUCGAUAAGGUCUUUUCGCCAGCCGCCGACCAGGGCAUGAUCUUUGAUGAGGUUGUUGCACCCAUCAUUGACGAGGUCCUUGACGGCUUCAACUGCACAAUCUUCGCAUACGGUCAAACCGGUACAGGGAAGACAUACACCAUGACCGGUGACAUCUCAGACGUUCUUCCCCUCCCCGACGCCGCCGGUAUCGUUCCCCGCGUUUUGCAUGCGCUGUUCGAUAAACUCGGCCAAGAAGAGACGGAAAACUCCGUGAAGUGCUCCUUCAUUGAACUGUAUAACGAAGAGCUGCGCGAUCUUUGCGCUGCAGACGACACAGUGAAGCUGAAGAUUUUCGAUGACAACAGCAAAAAGGGCCAGACCACAACAAUGGUUCAGGGUAUGGAGGAGUGUCAUCUGAGGACAGCCCGAGAGGGCAUCCAGCUGUUGCGCUCUGGUUCUCACAAGCGUCAGGUGGCAGCGACAAAGUGCAACGACCUCAGUUCUCGAUCGCACACAGUCUUCACCAUUACAGUGUACAUCAAGCGCACUACGGAAGAUGGACAGGAAUACCUGAGUGCUGGAAAGCUCAACCUUGUCGAUCUUGCUGGCAGCGAAAACAUCCAGCGCAGUGGCGCAGAGAACAAGCGUGCCGCAGAAGCCGGUCUGAUUAACAAGAGUUUGCUCACGCUAGGUCGCGUUAUCAACGCGCUCGUCGAACGCAGCUCCCAUAUUCCGUACCGCGAGUCGAAAUUGACACGACUUUUACAAGACUCCCUCGGUGGUCGAACGAAGACAUGCAUCAUCGCGACUCUAUCGCCGGCGAAGAGUAAUCUCGAAGAAACGAUAUCGACGCUCGACUACGCUUUCCGCGCGAAGAAUAUUCGAAACAAGCCGCAGAUGAACCAGGCGAUUAACAAGAAGACUCUUCUGAAAGAGUUCACGGUCGAGAUCGAGAAGCUGAAGAGCGAGCUCAUCGCAACACGGCAGCGUAAUGGCGUCUACCUUACCCAGGAGAACUAUGAGGAGAUCACAACAAUCAGCGAGUCGAGACGCAUCCUUAGCGAGGAGCAGCGAGACCGAAUCGAGACCAUGGAGGUCAACCUCCGCAAUAGGGUCGAAGAACUCUUCAAGAUCACAACGAACUUCCAAACUCUCAAAAAAGACAAUGAGCAGACGCAGCUAGCUCUAGAGGGCACUAAGGGCAUACUGGAGAAGACGGAGAUCGUGUUGGAGCACACACGACAGAAUCUCGCAGAAGAGGCCGAACUACGAAAGGCACACGCAAAGACCGAGGGUGUGCUCGCAGAGAUCGGGUAUGGCAUGAUCUCGACACUCGGCAAGACCACCUCAGAUCUUGAUGGGCUGCGAUCCAAGAUUCGCCGGAAGUCAGAACUGCAGUCGCAAAAUCGCCGCAACUGGGCGACUUCGCAGAACCAUGUUCUGGAUACAACACGCAUAGUGGAGGAUCGGAUCGAGGACUUCCAGCAGCAGCAGGGCCAGAUCAUGGACCUGUUGUCGGCGCGCAUGCAAGAUUUUGUCAACGACGAGCUCGAGAAGCUCGGAGCGUCCCAGUCUUUCUUGCAGGAGAAGAUGCAGGCCUACGAGACCUCUGAGCAGGAGGUCAACCAGCAGACCGCCAAGACUCGUGAUGACAUGAACGUGGUCCUCGAGGAGAUCAAGACGCUACGUGAGGACGUGAAGUCGAAGAUUGGCACUGGUCUCGAUGAACUCUCUUCUGCAGCCGAGCAGAUUUCAGCAAAUAUCAUCACCGAGCUGGAUGGCUUCAGAGACGAGCUGCACCAGUCAUACGCGAAUCUUGGCCGUGAAUUCAAGGCUACUUUCGAUGGAUUGGUCAAGAGUCUGAGCGCACAACAGGCAGAGAACGACCGACUGCAUGUACAGGUUCUUGAUGCAAAUGCAGCUCUACUGGCAGCGAACAAGCACACGCAGGGACGACUGGCACAGGUCGUGGAUGAGGAGAAGCAAAAGUCUGCAGAAGAACGUCAGCAACUGCUUCAACAGAUCACCACGCUUAUUAGCGCCAACGCAGAUGCUCAGGACCAGCGCAUGAACCAGAAGCUCGCAAGCGUUGGCGAAGAGCUUGGUGUUGCAAACGCAGCUUUCGAGUCACAGCAGAGCGAAUACGCCGCAGGCAUUGAGGCUUGGAAUGAUCAAUCCAAGACCGUUGCUGCUGGCGUCACAGCAUCGCGCGACGCCAUAAAGACCAAGCUCCGCGGUGACUACGAGAUGGCGACGAAGCACUCGGACUUGCUGAAGGAUACUACUACUUCAGUUCACGCGAGCACUGUGAAGACAGUGGAGGCCCAGAAGGGGCAUCUCGACACACAAUUGCACUCACUUGACGACAUUGUCUCUCGUGUCCGCGAACAGAACAACGUUCACCACACCGCACAUACUGCUUCGCUCGCUACACUCUCAUCGACUGUACAGACUUCCUACUCCAGCAUCGGCGAGCAUCUCUCCACAUCCUUCGAACGUGUCCAGUCUCUCGAGGCCGACGUAUUAGCUCAACAGAGCACUCUCAAGGAGACGCUCUCAUCAUUGUCUGCUGAUGCUACCAUUCGUGCGCCUCUUCACGAGCUCCGCGAGACUGUCGGCGCACAGAACCUCAUCGAAUACAAUCCAACUGGCCAGACACCCCAGCGCGUCAAUUACCAAAUCCCGUCCAACCUUCCUCGCACCGAAAGCCACGAGAACAUCCUCUCUCGUCUCCGCGAUCGCCCGGCCCCUGCCGAUGAUGCCACCCGUAGCCCAACUAAGCAACCCAUUUUUGUUGAUGCUACCUCACCCACCGACUCCACCACUGAGCUCUUUCCACCCGCCAAGCCUGACUUUGGACGCUCCAUCAGUGUGCACGCCCAAAAUCGCACCGCGCCCAUAUCCCUUCGCGAGCUUGACGUUAACAUCCGUCGUCAUGGCAGCGCCGCCAAACAAAAAACUCAAGGCCGAAGAGGGCAGCAAGUUGCCAAUGAAGAAGACGCUGACGAAAACUGUUGGCGGUGGCAAGGACGACAGGGAGAAUAUGAGUCUCACAAACUUUUCGAGUUCGAUUGGACCUGGGCAGACUGCUGGCAGAAGGUUGAGGAGCCAUGGUGGCAGCUAAACUUCUUUUCGAUCUUCGUUUGGUAUAGUCUUUGUUGUAUAGGCGUUGUUCAUUUUGGUCUGGGCCGGUCUCUCGGUCAAUGGCGUUUGGAUAGUAGAUGCAUGUGCACUACACACUGUCGGUUGAGUGUUCGAGCUCCCUCUCUGCAUUUCUUAGGUGUCGGCGUAGUGUUUUGAAUGAAUUACUUUUCUCUC